GCCGUGACAGUCGACUGCAACCUUCCUGCGGUGUAUAACGCGGCGUGCUACCGGCCGACAGAAUGACAAAUUGACGCGCGAACUUACGUACCUGUUAAUAUAAAGAUUAAUUCGAAAUAAAUGUUAAAUAAAAUACCCAUUAAGAAUAUAGGUCAGAAAUAAACUGUGCAACUAUUAUAGUGACCAGAGACCGUUCUUUCUCUUUUUAUUUCUUUUUUUUUUUUAAUUUUGAACUGCAAUAGUGAAAAUGGGUUUGAAGCCGGAAGAUUAUAAAAGGCCGAGCAAGCUUGCGAUUAUGGAUGAUAUUUCGGACACGCCACGUGGCCUGGGCACGCGUCACUGGGUGACGUUUAUGUUGUUCCUGGGUAUGGCAAACGCAUACAUAAUGCGGACGAACAUGUCCGUGGCAAUAGUCGCGAUGGUAAACCACACAGCGCUGCCAGUGGACAAGGAGGCUAUGGACACCGAGUGCGGGAAUGUUGAUUCUAACUCCACUAAGGAGGCGCUAACGCAAGACGGUUCUUUUGUUUGGACUUCGACGCUACAAGGUUAUAUCCUGUCAUCCUUUUUCUAUGGUUACGUCAUCACACAAAUUCCUUUCGGAAUCCUGUCUAAAAGAUACGGAGCCCGAUUGUUCCUGGGUGUAGGCAUGUUGAUCAACUCUGUGUUCGGUCUUCUGGUACCAGUGGCCGCGGAGGCUGGUUACAAAUGGCUCAUCCUGGUCAGGUUCAUCCAGGGUCUAGGGGAGGGGCCAAUCGUGCCGUGCUCACACGCCAUGUUAGCGAAAUGGAUUCCACCAAACGAAAGGAGUAGAAUGGGAGCAGCUGUGUAUGCAGGUGCUCAGUUCGGUACCGUUAUCUCAAUGCCUCUGUCUGGCCUACUCUCUGCGUAUGGCUUUGCCGGAGGCUGGCCUUCCAUCUUCUACGUGUUUGGUGUCAUCGGUACCAUCUGGUGCCUGGCCUUCUUAUUCUUCGUUUCCGAGGAUCCCGAGCACUGUCCAUCGAUCAAGGAGACAGAGAAGAAGUAUAUCCUGAGUUCACUUUGGGGCGCUGCAGGUUCUAGCUCUCCUCCGAUUCCAUGGAGCAAGAUUCUCUUUUCGAUGCCGUUCUGGGCUAUUAUGUUGGCUCACAUGGGACAGAACUACGGCUACGAGACCCUCAUGACAGAGCUGCCAACCUUCAUGCGACAAGUUUUGCACUUCUCUAUCAAGGAUAACGGAUUCGUAUCAGCGUUACCAUACUUGUGCAUGUGGCUGUUCUCGAUGUUCAUCUCGGUGGUGGCGGAUUGGAUGUUGUCAAGUGGUCGCUUCAACCACACCCAAGUCAGGAAGAUCAUCAACAGUAUUGGUGAGUACGGUCCAGCCAUAGGGCUGUUCAUUGCCGCCAACACAGGCUGCGACCCCGCCGCCACCGUCGCCAUACUCGCCGUGGGUGUCGGACUCAACGGUGGUAUCUACUCCGGAUUCAAGGUUAAUCACUUGGACAUCUCGCCACGUUUCGCCGGAAUCUUAAUGGCGUUUACCAACUGCCUUGCUAAUCUCACCGGUCUUUUAGCGCCCAUUGUUGCUGGAUACAUCAUUGAAGGCAGGCCCACCCAAGCCCAAUGGAGGAUAGUAUUCUACAUCGCGGCUGGCGUGUACAUUUUCUGCGCCACCUUCUAUAACAUCUUCGGUUCAGGACGUAGACAAGAGUGGGACAAUCCAGCAGAAGAUGAGGCGAUUGCAAAGAAGGCAGCCGCCAAAAAAGCUAACAAACUAGAGAGGAAAGACAACAAUCCGAACACAGCGGAAACCGCUCAAUAGCUUGUUUAAGUUUAAGCUCAGUGCGCACAACUCGAAAUGAUAAAUUGUCUAUGACCACAGAUCUAAUACAACGCGAACAAGUAGGAGGAUAGCUAUAGUUAUGUAUUCAUAAUAUUUACAUCUCUUUUGUUCGUUGUUACAUCUUGAGAUCAGUGACUAUAGGCAGGUUCCUAAUUAAAUUGGACGAUUUAAAUAAUAUAUUAUUUGAUUUGUGUUGCUCUGAGUCAGAGUUACGAUAUAGGUUCGAAUGUUUUGAAUUUUAGGUGAAACUUUAGUGUGCAAUUUUAUAGUUUUGUUUUAAUGUAAUGUUUUUUUUUUAUACAUUUUUUUUUAACAAAGGGUCAGCUUAUAAUCUAAGUGAUACCGUGGUUUUUAAAAUUGACUGAAUCCUUAAGUUUUUUCAUCCCCUAAUAAAUUAUUAUUUUGCAUGCUUUUCAUAUCUGCUUAAUGUAUUUUAAUUUAAUAGUGAAAUACAUGAGAGACGCACAUCAAUACGGCUGUGAUAAUAUCUUGUGUAGAAAAACAAAUAAUAUGGAAUCUAUAUCGUAACAUUGUUAAACUUGCUAUUUAUUUAUUAAAAUAUAUGUUAAUUAAGUACCAUACAAGUAUUGUUUAUAAUUUUUAGCUUGAGAGUAGAAUAAUAGAGAUGCAUGAAAGACGAUGGGUCCAAGAACAUUUCAAUGGAAAUAACGUUACCGUCCUAGCCAGUGAUUACAAAAACCUCGCAGCCUUAUUUUGAUAUAAAAAAAUCGUAUAUUGACUUUAACUAUAGAAAUGCUACCUGGCCCUAAACUUUUUAAAAAGGAAUGCAAUAACUCGAAUACGUUUUAAUAUUGCUUAACAUCACGCCAUAGAUAAAAAAUAUAUUUAAUUUAAAUAAAUAUAAAACCUUAUUAUUUUGUUAAUUUAAAAAAAAAUCUAUGCUGCUAAACGGGUCGAUUGUGAUACGGUAAUGUGAAUUUCUUUUUAUUUUCUGUUCGCUCGAAGCGAUUGUUAUUGCGAUAAUUUAGCAGUUAUAGUAAGAUGUAAAUUAUUUAUGGUUUUAGUUGUACGUAGUACAUGCGACGUCAAACGACGAUGUGUGCCCAGAGCUGAUGUGAUCAUUCUUUUAAUAAGUAAAUGUAAGCUGUUUUAUACCACAAUUAUUAUCGAAUUAAUAUUGAAUACAAUUGAAUUAUAAAAAAAAAGUAAAAACUCAAAUUCAUAAUAUUUUUAUAAGCUAUAUAAUGAGUGUAAUAGAUAGUAUACAUAUUUCAAAUACGGAAUUAAAUAAAUUUUGUAUCUUCAGUUAUUUGUUUGUGUUUUAGUUUUAGCUACUUGAGGUAAAAUGUAUUUUAUUAAUAUUUUACGAUUGAAUAGUUGUUGCCUAGCCAAACUUGCAAAAGCCGUUUAGGAUAAAGACUAAUAUGUAGAAAAAUAUAUAAAUUUUGUGAUAUCCUCAUUAAAUGCCCAUUAAAUUUUUAAACAAUUUGUCUACAUACUCUACUUGUAGUUUUAGAUGAAUACAAAAAGUUUUUAUUUUA